AUGAAUACUUGUCCGGAAUCAAUGAUAAGUUGGGACGCGAGUGAGGGCGAGAAGGCGCCCUUCCUUCGCAAUGAGCCCGUGAAGCUGACGCCGGCGUGGGAAGGUUCCAAUCUGCCCAAUGACACGCUUAACUUAAAAGGUAUAGCCAUGGACUUGGCACCACCUAAAGACAAAUGGAACCUAAUAUACAUAACGCUGAUAUUGCACGGCCUCGGCACUCUCACCGCCUGGAAUAUGUUUAUCACAGCCAAAGAUUACUUCGUCAAAUACAAGUUAGUUAACGCACCGGACUAUGCUCGUGAUUUCAUGACGGACGUGGGAUGGGCGUGUCAAGUGCCUAACCUGUUAUUUAGCUGGUUCAAUAUUUUUGUUAAGAUUGGAGGUAAUCUAACAACUAGAAUAGUAUGGUCGUUGUGUAUCGAAGUGUUGAUAUUCGUGCUGACAGUGGUCCUCGCGAUGGUGGACAGCUCGGAAUGGCCGGUGGUGUUCUUUUGGCUCACUAUGAUAUCCGUAUUCUUUUUGAGUGGUUUCAACGCGAUAUUCCAAAAUUCAGUAUAUGGUGUGGCAGCCCGUCUCCCCCCACAGUAUACGGGGGCGGUGGUCCUAGGUUCGAAUAUCUGCGGGACGCUAGUGGUCUUUUUGAACUGGGCUUCAGACGAAUUCACAACGAGUUACAGAACAUCCGCUAUAUAUUAUUUUAUAGCGGGAAUGUUUGUUUUACUCAUAUGUUUUGAUACGUACUUCGCUUUGCCGUUGAACAGAUUCUUUCGAUACCACGAGACGCUACAAGAGCGCACUCUACGCGUGAACCCCGCGCUAGCAGCGACUAAUCAGAACGCGAGUCCUUCGAAACGCACACCCUACGGCCUUAUAGUGAUGCAGUCCAUUGGACAGCUUUACAAUAUAUUCAUUGUUUUCUUCGUAUCACUAGCUGUGUUCCCAGUUGUACACUCGGAUAUUCAACCAGUAACACCGGGUUUUCUUGGCACCAAUUUUGUGCGACUCACGUGUUUCCUGACGUUUAACUUCACCGCCAUGUUAGGCAACGUGACAGCUAGUUUAUGGCAAUUUCCAAGUCCAAGAUGGCUGUCAAUUUUCACAUCCAUCCGUAUACUCUUCAUUCCAUUCUUCAUGCUGUGUAACUAUCACCCCUUGGGCAGAACAAGGACCCUGCCAGUCCUUGUCAAUAACGAUUGGGUGUAUUGGGCUAUGUCAGCAUUACUCGGGUGGAGCUCCGGACAUGGUAGCUCGUUAGGCAUGAUGUAUGUUAGCGGCACUGUAGCACCCGAACACGCAUCGACCGCCGGCAUGAUAGGCGGCGCGACGCUCGUCACCGGAAUUGUAGCUGGUAUCACCUUCUCCAAGUUCUGCCCCAUCUUCGUCUCACUCGCUGCCUGGCAAAAUAUG